AUGGGCUUUGGAGACUGGGUGCAUCGCACCAACUACUCAGUGGCGCGGUCCCCAGUAGGAAGAUGGUUUCGUCUGGAGAAUUCGGGCCAUCCCCAGGAGCGAAAAGGCAGCUAUUUCUUCACCGAGAUCCGUGCUGGCCUGGCCACAUUCUUUGCUAUGGCAUACAUUAUCAGUGUGAAUGCCAACAUCACCUCUGACUCGGGCGGCACCUGCGUGUGUCCUCCGGAGAGCCUGGCCGAUACCUGCAACACCAAUACCGAAUACCUUCUUUGCGUACAGGAAGUUAGACGCGAUAUCGUUACGGCCACCGCCGCUAUUGCCGCCAUGGGCACCUUCUUCAUGGGUUUGCUGGCUAAUCUCCCCGUCGCCCUGGCCCCCGGUAUGGGUUUGAACGCUUAUUUCGCCUAUACCGUCGUGGGUCAUCAUGGAUCCGGUAUGAUCCCCUACCGGUUAGCGUUGACAGCCGUGUUCGUGGAGGGUUUUGUCUUCCUGGGCUUAACAUUGCUGGGAAUCCGACAGUGGUUAGCCCGAGCCUUACCGGCCUCGAUCAAGCUGGCCACGGGUACCGGGAUAGGUUUGUACCUCACACUCAUCGGACUGAGUUACAGUGCCGGAAUCGGUCUGAUAACGGGGGCGACAAAUUCCCCCGUGGAACUGGCCGGAUGCUCGUCAGCCAUGCGGGACCCCGUCACAGGCAUGUGUCCAUCGAGUGACAAGAUGCGCAAUCCGACCAUGUGGGUCGGUAUCUUCUGCGGUGGCGUGCUGACGGCUAUGUUGAUGCUCUACCGCGUCAAGGGAGCGGUGAUUAUUGGUAUUCUGCUCGUGUCGAUCAUCUCGUGGCCCCGUCCUACCCCCGUCACGUAUUUCCCGCACACGGAGCUAGGUGAUAGCAUGUUUGACUUCUUCAAGAAAGUCGUAACCUUCCAUCCCAUUAAGCACACGCUGGUCGCGCAGGAUUGGAAUAUCGGGGAACAUGGGUCACAGUUUGGCCUGGCGUUUAUUACAUUCCUGUAUGUCGAUAUUCUGGACACCACCGGUACGCUGUACUCAAUGGCUCGCUUUGCCGGAGCUAUUGAUGAGCGCACGCAGGACUUCGAAGGCAGUGCCAUGGCCUACAUGGUGGAUGCUAUUUGUGUUUCCAUUGGCUCCCUCUUCGGCACACCCCCCGUCACAGCUUUCGUCGAGAGUGGUGCAGGAAUCUCCGAAGGUGGCAAGACCGGCCUCACCUCGUGCGUGACCGGGUUUUGCUUCUUCAUAGCCGUCUUCUUUGCGCCUAUCUUCGCCUCCAUCCCGCCUUGGGCCACGGGUUGCACGCUCGUGAUUGUGGGUGCCCUGAUGUGCAAGGCGGCUGCCGAGAUCAACUGGCGUUAUUAUGGGGACGCUAUCCCGGCGUUCCUGACCAUUGCCAUCAUGCCUUUUACCUACAGUAUUGCCUAUGGACUCAUCGCCGGUAUCCUCAGCUAUGUCACAUUGAACGUGGCUGUGUGGCUUGUCGAGAAGGGCACGCGCGGUUACCUUGUGCCAGCCAACAAAGAUGAGAAGGAUCCCUGGACAUGGAGGCUUCCUGGUGGAUUCUUUCCCCCAUGGGUGCGCCGUGUUGCUCGUGGCAAGAAGGACUUCUGGAGGGCGGAUGAGAACGAGUCGGUGGAUCUUGGUGUCAGACCAGACGAAUCGGUAUCCUCGCAGGAGCAAUACGUCGAGAAGAAUAUGGGAGGGAAAGGGUUCGCUGCCUGA